UUAUAUAUUCGCUAAAAAAGGGAAGAAAGAAAAGAAGGAAGGAAACCGAGAGAGAGAGAGAGAGACGUUGAAGAGAGAGAAUAUAACGUCUGGUCUACGAACGCCGGAGGCAGACAAUCCGCGACGAGUCGGGGACACAAGACGUAGUGGGGUUUUGCAGCGUGUGUGGCUGUUGCUUGUUGAUUGAUUUCUCUUCUACGCGACAAUGACGGGCGGAGGCGAGAAUUCUGCUGUUAUUGACGGCGAGGGGUUGCCGGACGCCGGAGGAGGCGCAGUCGUGGUGGUCGGAAUUACGCUCGAUACGCGGAGUAAGGAAUUGCUGACUUGGGCGCUAGUGAAGGUUGCGCAGAGCGGCGACCGCGUGAUUGCUCUGCACAUCAUAGAUCCCAAGGCUGAUACAUCGAAUCUGCUUGAGUUGAUGAAGACUUUCAAUUCAAUGUUGUCUGCAUAUGAAGGUUUCUGUAGCCUGAAACAGAUUGAUUUAAAGCUUAAGGUCUGUAAAGGAUCUCCGAUUCGGAAACUCCUAUCGCAGGAGGCAAAAUCAUGUGCUGCGACGAGCUUAAUCCUCGGUACUUCAGAAAUCCAUCACAGAAUUAAAUCAAGGAUCUCUGUGGCAAAGUAUUGUGCCAAGAGUCUUCCAAAGAAUGUAUCUGUUCUAUGUGUAGAAAAUGGGAAGAUCAUAUUCCACAGAGAAUCAAAUGAUUCCAGUGGCUCAUUACUCGGACAUCACGGCAAGUUGGAAUCGAGAUUCGAGAGGAAGGCAUUACCUAAAAGCCCAUUGAGUCUGCCACCAAAGGAUGAUUUGUUAGCAGGGAAUGAGAAUCUUCCAAUGGCUCUGGUGCCCAUUAGAACACAUUCGCCCCAAUGUAAAUCAGGAUGGCCAUUGUUGCGGAGGAUGCUUCUACACAGCCGACGAUCAGCUGAAGCUUCUUCACCAAAGACACCGUCUCUGGUUCAACGAAUGUUAAAAUGGCCUAGUCGACAAUCCGUUGCAGCCAUAUACCCUGAUCGAAAAAAUAUUCCUCCCCCUGAAAAGGAUGAAUGUCAUUCAGAUAAGGAACCAGAUAAGGAUGCUGCUAUACUCCACUCUGCCGAUUCGGAUUCUCAUCCGUGUUCGUCCAAUGCUUUCUCAGAAGAACUCAAGGCUCUAGGACAGAAGUAUUCGACAAUAUGCCGAGUUUUCAGCUACCAGGAACUCUCGUCGGCGACAAAUAAGUUUAUAUCUGAAAAUUUGAUCGGAAGCGGAGGCAGCAGCUGUGUUUAUAGAGGAUCUUUACCGCGAGACAAUCUUAUAGCAGUGAAAGUUCUAAAGCCAUCCGAAGAUGUUCUGAAGCAUUUUACCUCUGAAAUUGAAAUUAUUACAUCUUUGUGUCACAAGAACAUUAUAUCGUUACUCGGAUUCUGUUUCGAGGAAGAUAAAUUGCUUCUAGUUUACAAUCUUUUCGCCAAAGGGAGCUUGGAAGAGAAUCUCCAUGGUACUGCGAAUAACGAAAUUUUGCUCGGCUGGGAGCAUCGGUAUAAAGUUGCUUUAGGAGUUGCGGCGGCACUCGACCAUUUACACAAACAAGACAAACCAAUUAUGCACGGAGAUGUAAAAUCUUCGAAUAUCCUCCUUUCCGAUGAUUUUGAACCUCAGUUGUGUGAUUUUGGUCUCGCUACACGGGCUUCAAACUAUUCGAGUCACGUUUGUGGCGCUGAUGUUGCUGGCACAUUCGGAUACUUGGCUCCCGAGUAUUUCAUGCACGGAAAAGUAAACGAAAAAGUCGAUUCCUUUGCCUUCGGCGUCGUGCUACUCGAGCUGUUGUCCGGAAGAAAGCCAAUCGAUAACGGGUUACCAAAGGGCCAACAAAGCUUGGUGAUGUGGGCGAAGAAUAUUUUCAAGGAUAGCGCAGUUUCAGAGCUUCGCGAUCCGAACUUGUCUGAUUCUUACGACUGCAAUCAGUUCGAGACGAUGCUCCUCGCCGCAAUGUUGUGUAUCCGGAGCAUACCCCUGUCUCGUCCCGAAAUGAGCGUCGUUCUGAAACUCCUCGAGGGCGAUCCGGAAUUGAUCGAAUGGGCGAGACGGGAAACCAAGAAUUACGACGACUUAAGCGUCGUCAGCGGUAAACAAUCCGCGACAAAUAUCCAAUCGUUCAUCAAUCUCGCACUCCUCGACCUGGAAGACGACUCAGCGUCGAUUAGCAGCACUGAACAGAGCAUCUCGGUCGAGGAUUACUUGGGAGGCAGAUGGAGCAGGUCAUCGAGCUUCGACUGAAAAAACUUUGCUUCCGUGCAUGCAAUCUCGGUUAGAAUCUGUACAUGAUAAAAAUGAACCCCUUACAAUACACGACACUUAUUUCCACCGCGAAUUGCGACAAAUAAGGUUGCCUGGCGAUUCUUGGAAUGUCGCUCGUAGAAGUUAUGUAAGAAUGACGAGCUGCGAGCUGAAGUAUCGUAAGAAUGACGAGCUGCGAGCUGAAGUAUCGAUUUUAGUCGUAGUCGUUGUCUCGUCCUAGGCUGAGGUACAUUAAGUUAGUCAAAAAACUGGAAUGAUGGAUCGAUUGAUCGAUCUUGUUAGAAAUUUGAAGUUGUUUGAUGGUCUUUUCUUCC